AUGGAUUUAUCAGCAUCUUCCCUGCAGUAUGGAUCAAAAAAGCGGGUUAAGAUUCACCCAGACACAGUGACAGUGAAAUAUGCCACCCAUUUCCCUCAGCCUGGGGAUGAAGGCUAUGAUGAUGCACCCUCCUUUGAGGAUUUUGGUGCUUUUGCAGAAGCCAAUGUGGGAAAAAGACUGGUGUCGGACAGCAAAGGUGGAAGGACUUUUUUUGGCACCAUGGAAACCCAACCUAGGCAGCCAAGUGUGCAAAGAGACAAGGGGGUGGGGGGUCAGCUGGCCAGCUUUGGUGAGGCCAAUGUCUUGGCCUCCAGGGUGACCUGGAUGGCAUUGUUUGGGGCGGCAGUAGCUCAUGGUUGUGUGGCGCUGAUUACUCGUUUAGCAGCUGACCGCUCUAAAGUGCCCUCUCUGGAGCUGCUCUUCAUCCGCUCUGUGAUUCAAGUGCUGUCCAUCCUGGUGGUCGUCUACUACCAUGAAGCUCCAUUUGGCCCCAAGGGCUACCGGCUGCGGCUCUUCUUUUAUGGCGUAUGCAACGUAAUCUCCAUCACCUGCGCAUACACCUCUUUUGCGAUUGUCCCACCCAGUAAUGGUACCAUCAUGUGGCGUGCCUCCACCACAGUCUUCAGUGCAGUUUUGGCCUUCCUGCUGCUGGAUGAGAGGCUUGGUUACACGGACGUCGUCACAGUGGUGGGAAGUGUGUUUGGUUUGUGUCUGGUGAUGGUGCCCAACGUAGCUGACGAGGAGAAGUCCAGGUUGGGGUUUUGGAAGGAGGCCUUUGGGUACACAAUGACAGUGAUGGCAGGUUUGACAGCCGCCCUCUCCAUGAUUGUCUACAGGGCCAUCAAGGAGCGUGUCAGCAUGUGGACGGCCCUCUUUACUUUCGGCUGGACGGGCACAGUGUGGGGGGCAUCCACCAUGUUUAUCAUGCAGGAACCCAUCAUCCCUAUGGAUGGGGAAACCUGGGGCUAUCUAAUUGGGAUCUGUAUCUGCUCCACUGUGGCGUUUCUCGGAGUCUACUAUGCCCUAAACAAAUUUCAUCCAGCCUUAGUUAGCACCGUGCAGCACCUGGAGAUCGUAGUCGCCAUGUUCCUCCAGCUCAUCGUUUUGAGGAUGAUCCCAUCUAUCUAUGAUGUCAUCGGAGGCCUGGUUAUCAUGAUCAGUGUGUUUACGCUCACAGGAGUCAAGCUGUACAGGGUGAGCAGAGCCAUUCGCCAGGAUUAUCAAGAGAUUCUGGACUCGCCCAUCAAAUGA